UCCGUGGAUCCAGCGAGCGCAACCGGUGGUCGCCGGUCUGGAGAAGGUAGGAACCGGGGCCAGCCAUGGACAAGCUAAAGAAGGUGCUGAGUGGACAGGACACCGAGGACCGGAGCGGCCUGUCCGAGGUUGUUGAGGCAUCUUCAUUAAGCUGGGGGACCAGAAUAAAGGGCUUCAUUGCGUGUUUUGCUGUAGGAAUUCUCUUCUCCCUGCUGGGUACCCUUCUGCUGUGGGUGCCCAGGAAAGGGCUCCUCCUCUUCGCAGUGUUUUAUACCUUCGGUAACAUCGCAUCAAUUGGGAGUACCAUCUUCCUCAUGGGACCUUUGAAACAACUGAAGCGCAUGUUUGAGCCUACACGUCUCAUUGCAACUAUUCUGGUGCUGGUGUGUUUUGUGCUGACACUGUGUUCUGCCUUUUGGUGGUAUAACAAGGGACUUGCACUCAUCUUCUGCAUUUUGCAGUCUUUAGCCUUGACGUGGUACAGCCUAUCCUUCAUUCCAUUUGCCAGGGAUGCUGUGAAGAAGUGCUUUACCGUGUGUCUUGCAUAGUACACUGCCAAUAUGCAAAGCUUUUGGAAGGCCCUGUGGAUGGAAACUGAUGGACAGUUUUGUAAAGAUCCUUUACACCUCUGUCUUACAGACACGUGCCUUUUAUCUUACAGCAGUGUGAUGCUUGCAAUUUGAACAUUUGAGGGUUGUCUUUGGAAGUAACUCUCUGUUCCCAAACCCAAAUAUCUGUAGCAUAAUAUACAACACAGGCUCUGUAUGUCAUGGAGUUGGAAUCUUCUUCAUGAACCGUUUCCUCCUUGGAUGGUGUCCCAUUGGAGUCUCAUAAAUAAACAUUUUGUGAAAUAGCAGCACAUAAGCCUCGGGAGGUGAGUCCCAGUGACAGCAGGCAACUCCAUUACAGAUUACAACAGUUAAGGAACAGAAGUUUGGAGUCAUCAGGAACUUUCAGACUUGUCCCGUACUAUGGAGACCAUCACUGCUGCGUGGAAAUACUUCUACCUUAGGGUCUGAAAACAGAUGAUUCUUCCUUAUCUAAGCCUGUGCUGUGCCUGGCAGUGGACUGAAGUAAAAAUAAGCACCUUUCA